CUAGAGAUGAAACCCCACAAAAAUUGUGAGAACCCAAAAGAGAAGACAGAAAGUGCAAACAAGCAAAAUAAAUCAAGGCAGUAUACUGGUGCAGGUCACAGCUUUGCAGCUUUAUUAGAAACUGUGUGGAGAAGAUAACAUGAUUCUUAUUGCAGGCCGAGUUGCAGAUGAAUGAAGUGAAUAAUGUCGUGGUGCAUAAUUUAUAGGCAUACAGCUCCACCCUUUCUUUAGUUAUCUUUUAUAUUUUAGAGUUCCUAACUAUUCUCUCGCAUAAAGAUAACUAGAAGUUGGUGUGGUUUAACUAACUAGUUUGUGUAAGGUUCUAAGCAUUGGUCCAUGGAAUAUCCGUAUAAGUAAAUGAUCGCCUUUUGUUUCUAAGUUCUGUUUAUAACUCUGAAAAGGAUAGUCACACACUAACAGUAAGUACAUAACUAAUUUGUGCAGCCUGGCAUGGUUACGACUGAUCUUCUUAUGUCUGGUGCUACCGCAAAGCAAGCAAAGUUUUUCAUCAAUAUAUUAGCUGAAACUGCUGAUGUGGUUGCGGAUUACCUUGUUCCAAACAUCAGAGAAAUCCCUACCAAGCAAUCCAUGAAGCCGACUUACAUUCGCUUUCUCACAGGCUUGAAAGCCUACUCCAGAAUAUUUUCAAGAAUUGCUUUUGGUGCUCGUAGGAACAAGUAUGUUGCCGAGGAUUAGUUUUCUUACUGCCAUCUUCCAACCCAGAAGAAACCUAGGGAUAUUCUUGUUAUCAUAUUUUAGAAGUCCAUUCUUUUCCUGUAAAAAUAGGAUGUAUCACUGAGGGCAUCUUGAGAACACAGCAAUGUACUCCUCAUAUAUACAAUACAUGUAAUUUGAUUACACCUCAUCAAAUUACAGUUCAUCUGGAUUAUUUAUGGACCUUAUGAUCUAGUUGCAUGUUGCAUUUUCAAUGCAAGAGGAGCCCAUGAUACAUCUAUGCACCUACACAUUAAGGCUGAAAACCAUUUUUCCUUGUUACUUCCUAUAACUUGUGUAGUCUUGCCUAACUUAUCUGUUGGGACAAGUUUGUCGUGCAAUUAAGCUCCUAUGAUAGAUUUAUUGUGUUUGUACAACUUUUUUUUUCCUCUUCAUUGAAAGGCAUGCAGAUGGCAUUGCAAUGACAAGACAUGGUCAUGCACUCAUGCUGCUACCUUGCUGCUUGGUGUUUGGCAGCAUAGGGUAGGACUUUGAUCACAUCUCACACAUCCAGAUUGCCUGAUAAGUCAACCUCAACACUUACUACUGCACCUAAAUUAUCAUUCUGGUUAUUUACUUCUCUGUCACAUUCCUGAUAAGUUAAUGUGAUGUGCACCAUUCAUGGAUUUGGCAGAGUCUGCUCGUGCUAUCGCAACAUCAACUCUUGUUGCUUUGUUGCCAUUCAGAAGGCUUUAUUUCUCUGCAAAUCAUUCCACCCAUACAAACCAACUGUGAAUUGUGACGUGUUAUGUUAGUGUGAUAGAAUAUGGCUGGCUACACAAAGAUAGUGAAGUAUCUCUAGUCUCUUACAAGAACUGUAUAAAGGGUUGACUGGCUUGAUAGAGAAGGAGACUAUCACUCUCUCUUCUCGCUAAAAGAUAUGACAUACAUUCCCAGUUCCUUUUGCUUCCUCGCACAUACCGGUAUGCGCAUGUUAAUGAUUUUAGUUUCUUUUUUGGUAUUUUUGUGCAUUCUUUUUUCUAAUGUAGGAUGGCCAGAGUAUUGAUUUGCCUGCUUGAUCUCCAAUUUGUAUUUGAAAAUAUUUUUCUGUAUCUAUAUGGGCAUAUGUGCACGUUUAAAAAAUAAACAAAUUUUGAUGGAUUCUGUCUCUUGUAGUUACACGAGCUGCUGUAUUGUCGUUUUGCUGGUUUGCAUUGCCUUGGUUUUAAAAGGUGUCUCAAGCUUUCUGAUUUCCUUGAUCUUUGACAGGUGUGAGCUUGAUUUGCUGACUGAUGUCCAACGGCAAGCCGACAUAUAACAGUGACUCUUCUUACAUGUCGAGCAUACCGGUCUGUUGCUUUCUCAGGGCAAUGCAGCCGACAAGUAGUUUACUUCGCUGGACCGAUGAUCUCCAUAAGAUCUUCCUGGAAGCUGUAGAGUAUCAAGGAGGCCCCUAUGGUUUGGUUUCUUGAACUUUGAGCAUACGAUGUCAAGCAAUUCAUUCUCUGUUACUUGGAUCUGAAACUUCUCGAUGAAACUGAUGCUGUGCUACUCAACCGUCGCAACUCCUUAGAGGUGAAGCCAACUGCGGUGAAGGAGAAAAUGGAAGCUAUGGGAGUCACAGGCCUCACAAUCUGGAACAUAAAAAGCCACCUCCAGAGAUACAGGGAGAAGUGCAAUUUAGGACCUGAACCUCCUCGGGAUGUCCGAGGCACUGCAUCACCAAGGAAGGCUGGAGAUAAUGUGUAUGGUUCUCUGAUGCAAUGGAAUUGUUGGAUCUGCAUGCCUUUGUGUUCUCUAUUUAUUUAUUUAUUUAUUUGUAUUUUAGAACUGACUGACUGAUUGAUUAUUGAGCUUGUUCAUAAGUUCUGUAACUUGUUCUGGUGUGUAGGACAUCUGAGACCGAGACAGUGGUGGACAGUGAUGCAGCAACGAAUCUGACUGAAAUGGAGGUACUCCUCAUCAUCGUUGAUAGCCUGGCCUGGACAGUGGACAAGCAUAUACCAUCAUCCAAAGGCAAGACCUGGUCAGUCUUAGUACAUUUCAGGGCCAUAUAACAGUAGAGGGAACACACUUGCCAUACCAUGCCAGGAAGGUUAGGAUCAUAGUAUGGCUGCCGCCUGCAGGUAUCUGCAUCUGUGGCAACCCAACCCCAGACCCGGCCAUCUUUUAGCACGAGGGCACACCGUCGUUGCCUCACCGUCGCGCUCUAGGAGUAGGAUGUCACGCUCUAGUAGAAGGAUGGCGUGCCACGCCAGGGAGCAAGCUCUAACGACGUUGCCGCCAAGGCCACCACGACGCCGCACUUCGUGUUCGUCCCGCUGAUGCACCACGGCCACCUGAUCCCGGCGGUGGACGCGGCGUUGCAGCUGGCCACCCACUCUAAAAAGCCCCCAGCCCAACAAAAUCCCAGCACCACAACGCCAAACAAGGAUAUAUGUCAACAGAAGGGGGAAAUGUGAAUCCAACGACUGAAGAAUAGCGCAUUUAACAAGGCCAAGCAGUGAACAAAUUAAGGCAGCGACGCAUAACAGUAGUAGCAGCUAGCUAGUUUAUGGAAACCAAACGUGCUAAAGUACAGAAUGUCACAGCGCAAUGUCAUCCACUUGCUGAUGGCAGAAUGCUCGCUAAUUAAUUAGGACAUCAUAACACACACAGCAGGAAGCAUCAUAUAUGGUCUCACUUCACAGCUGAUAGCAUCACACACUCCUAUCUAGCCGUGUCCACGGAGGAGAGAAGACUCACUCAUCCAGAGACACAGACUCAUCCUCUGAAUCUGAAUCUGGACUGCUCUCAUCCGGCGCCCAUGAAUCUGAACUGGGCUCAUUCGGCUCAUCCUGUGAAUCCGACAUGUUCAAAUUCCGCGCGAGCUCCACGUCCAACUCGGAACUGAAGUGCACGAGGUCCAUCUCUAGCAUGUCAUCCACGCUGCGGGUUCCCUUAUGGGUGAUAUCGUCGUCACUGAUGUACUUGGCGUCAUCUGGAUACACAAUCUUCCUUGCGGAAAUCAUGUCAAUAGUAGCAACGUCCUAUUAACAAAAUAAAACCCGGAUCAGUAAGAUGAUAAUAAGCCAAUUCAGAUUUAUGAUGAGUAGUGCAUUCAAGCAUCGUGAGAAGCAGAUCGCCGUGACUCAAAGUACUAAUCAAAUGCUAUCACUUGCUAAUCAGCCGUGCCGCGGCAGAGAAGUAGAUGACUUACCCGCAUAUGCAUAGGGCAGAGGGCAGCAGAAUGCCGCUGUCCUUGGCUUGCGUGUUGCGUACCACAACUCGGCGUAAAAUAGGGUCCUCAGAACAUUCUCAUCACAAGUUGCCAUGAAGUUCACUAGGUAGCACGUAUCAGUGAAGGGGGCGCAGCCUUCCUGUCUUUGAUCCAUACCAAUUAUAAAAUCAAGUUCAUACUUUGGUCCCUACAGCAAGCAAGAAAUUAAGAAGCAAGAGUGUUUGUUGGUCAAAUCAAGUUAAAGCUAAUAUACGUACGUAAGUAGCAGCUAAUGAUUGAAAACAGAGGAAGUCCAAUGCCUACCCAAAAAUGAUGGUCCGUAUAAUCCUUGAGCACCUGUUCAAUCUUUGAACGCAGCCAGCUCCUCCAAUGCUCAUACUGUGAUCUCACGCUUGAUACCCGCCUCAAGGCCUCUACACUAAGUUCAGGAGCAGGAGCUUGCAUGGUGCCACUAGUUUGAGGUCUGGAUGUUUCUUUGAACUUGGACCACAAGGCCGACAUAAGAAAUCUGAUGUCAUCGACGCGCAACACACCACCACUAGUUUGCGCAUUGGUUAUAUGUGAGACCAGGCGUUUUCGGCCUUCGGGAUCGAGCAGCAGCAUCCGGUGAAAUUCACCUAGCUGAAGGGGCAGCGUCUAUCUAGCAGCCAUGGCCGCCUCGUGGAAGGGGUUCUUAUCAGACCUCUUUGUUGUAGAUGAUAACAUGUCAACAAAGCAAGGUUUGCAAGCCCGUCGAGGGAACGGACAACUAGGCAGAGCAGAGAUAGGGGGUCCAGGAUGUCAUUGUACUCUUUCAACAUCAUGCAGUCAGAAGCCGGGAGAACGGAGCCACACGUCUCAUGCCAGACUGAGUUAAUGAUGAUGUUGGAGAGAGGGUCACAGGGGCCAUAGCAAUGGCCGGCCAUGAGGAUGCUGCGCAUGAUGGAGCCCGAGGGUGCGUGCAGCAUCUUGAAGGCCUGGACGUACAGGUUGUGAAUCAUGCCAUAGAGGUACAUCUUGAGAGACCGCAGGUAAUCGCAGUUGUCGCCACCUCACGAGGCGAUGAGAAAGUGUUUCUGGAAAUUUGCUAUCGUCAGGCAAUCUUGCAGCUUGCUAGGCAGUCCGGACUGCAGAGACGAGAUGGCGGUCCCAUCGCAGCGGAAGGUGGUGGAGGUGAUCCUGGUGUGAGCUGCUGCACUAGAAGAGACAAGGGGCUUUGUCUCGGACCAGAUAGCGCCAUCGUCGAGGUUGUGACGGGCAUGGACAACCAGCCCAUCUUUGGUGUUGCUAAUGUUGGCAACACACAUCGGGGUCAUCAUCAUGUGCAACCCACGGUGGAUUUCCUGGGCAUCCUCAGCCGUGAGAGGGUCAUUGGCCGAAAACAGAUGCCUGUUGAAGAGGUCGAGGUCGCCCUGUUUGAGCCGGAUUGCCAUGACCUGAGCAAUGGUGGCAGGCGAACAGUGGCCUGCGCUGGUGGCCGCCCACUCAAGGGCGGCCUUGGUCCUGUCGGAUUCAGGGUCCAGUGCCUCCUCCUUGGUAUGGUAGAGGUCGUGCUGGACGAGCAUGACGGCGAGGAGGAGAUUGGCGCCGGCCCUGUAGAGGUAGCGGAAGGCCUGUGCCUCGUUGAUGCAUCCGAAGUAUGCCACAAGGAAAGCCAUGAGACUCUGGGCGGACCUGCAUGCAACCUCGUGCCAGGGGUCGAAACUAGGUCUGUGUCUCUUUCUCUUGGACCUCAUGCUCUCAUCGUCGGACUCCGCCUCAUCGGACUCCGUCUUGGCCUCGACUUCGACGAGGGUGGUGGGGAGGAGGGGAGGGUGUUGAGGAUGAUGUUGGAGACGGGGUCGAGGGGGCCGAGGCAGAGGCCGUCUGUGCUGAGGAGGCCGUAAAGGUCGGGCAUGGCCUUGCAGGGCAGCCGGAGCCGGCGGAACGCCUCGUCGUAGAGACCGACGAUGAGCUUGCGCGUGGCAUGGCGCAAAUCGUCGUCGUGGGGAAGAGGCCCAUACUCGUGGCGGCAGUUGAGGCUGUGCAAGCACGAGAUGAGCCCUCUCCGAGAGCUAGAGUCGCUGGAAGAAGUGGAUCCAGACAAGGACCCAAGUGGAACGGAGCCGCCGGAAGAAAUGGAUCCAGACGCCAUCUGCGAGCAGAGACGGCGAACAGAGCCGGCGUUUUUCUCUGGGCGUCGUCGACCGUCUUGCGGGGAGAAGAGCAGAUCGAUCGAGUCGGUCGAUAGGGUGGGGAUAUAUAUAUAUAUAUAUAUGGAGUGGGAUGAGUUCGUCUUUUGGUCGCGACUUGCCUCCUUGUCCCCGUGACCAUAUAUAUAUAUAUGUUCUUUCCCUCGCUCGUCUAGUCGUCCUUGACUCGGCCUCCUUUUCCCGUGGCCCUGCCUCUUUCUUUUCUUGGCAGUAAACGAGUCGGUGUCUGGAGACCGUUUUGGCUCCUCCUUCCUUCCUCGACCAACCGCCUUUCUCCGUACGUAACGUUCCCCACGUAUGCAAACUACCUAGGCCCACAUGGCCACGUCUCCAAUCAAACGUUCCAAGAGACAUCAAUCCAACGAUGGAGCACUAGUCUGAUCUAGUAUUUGUGAACGCAUAUAUGGACGUGUGUGGCAACGAUCACGUAUGAUAAUUAAAGUGCAUGCCCUUUUUGGCUUAGUUAAGGCAUAUGCAUGCACACAUGGGCCACGAGCUGAAUUGUUAAUAGUUUCAGUACUCCGGAAUCCCUGAUCUCGCUCCUUUGCCGAUGACGAUAGCUGGACACACGAGCCCUGCCGUGUUGCUGCUUUCUCUAAAUUUAAGAAUAUGGACGUCGAUAAGUGCCACACGUGUGGAAGUUAGGGGAUCUGCCCAUAUAUUUUGUAUGGUGUAUAAGAGGAAUAGCCCACAUAUCUACGUGUGGGCAAAACAAGUAAUGCCCACACACCUUUUUUUUUCCCCGAUCCCUCUCACAUGCGUGUGUGUGGACGAAAUAGAUAACGCCCACACGUCCCGUACGUCAGGCCUCGUACCUCGUGGUUCCGCAUGUCCCACGUGACAGUCACCGCGCGUCCCGCAGUUGCCAUGGUCCAGACCCUCGUCCAUAUUCGUUUAACUGUAGUUGCCAUGUCGCUGAACUUCGGUUGCCAUGUCGGACAACUACAGUUGCCAUGGUUGCUCAACUGUAGUUGCCAUAUAUGGUUUGGCCUACUGCGGUUGCUAUGAUUUCAAAACUUUAGGAGUUGCCACCCACUAACACUAGGCAGUUGCCAUAGAGCACUACAAAAAGGCAUGGCAAAAAAACAUGUUCCGGUAAAAGAGAGAGUUGCCAUGUGCUCACAAGUACGCUAGGGCCGUUGCCAUGUAAAAAGAAAGAGUUGCCAUCUGCUUACGUGCAUGCUAGGGCAGUUGCCAUGUACCAUGCAAAAACACAUGACAACUCGGGUAAAAGAGAGUUGCCAUCUGCUUACAAGCAAAGCUAGGGCAGUUGCCAUGUACCCUGUAGAAACACAUGGCAACCGCCGCUUUGGGUGUGGGCGAGGAGACGGGCGUGUGGGCGAAGUGAUAAACGCCCACACACCAGCCCCCUCUGCGUGCGUGAAAAUUGGUGUGUGGGCGAAUUGCUAAACGCCCACACACCAGCCCCCCGUGUGGUGAAAAAAGACGUGUGGACGACCGAAUGAAUGCCCACACACCAGCUUAGUCCUGCGUGGCACACAAAAACUGCUAGAACGCGCCAAGAUUCGUGCAGAAUUGGUUGGACGAGAAUCCAUGCGUGUGGGCGAGUUGCCAGACGUCCACAUGUGUGGGCGUUAGUGUUUUCGUAAGAAUAUUUAUAGUCCGACUCCUCAAACGUUUUCUAUACGCUCCGAGGUACGACCCGAUUAAAAAGUUGUGACCCAGACAGGCUCAUAAUCAUCAAUGGCGGCCCUUAUAUGCAGCUCAAAUCCAGGACAAAUAAGGGGAGGUCCGGGCGCGUCCGCCACAUCGGAUCCAGCCCAUGCUGAUUCAUCAUGAUCCCACAUAUAUUUGUUCCUGUUCACACCCCCGAUCAAACCCUAACCAUUCCACUCCACUUCGCUCCGCCCCAAGCUCCCUUUCGGCGAUCUCUGGGCCUCUUCGGCAUCACGAGCAGUGGAUCCGAGUUCUCUGUUACCCGAUCUAGUAACUGGGACCUCAUCCCUGGCCGGAGGUGGCGAGGUGGCCGUCUGCAUUGCGCUGCGCCGCGCCAUUGAGGAAAAUGCCCAGCAGCGGCCGAACUCAAUCCGACGGGAAUCAAGAGCAUCUGCUCAAAUGGCACUUGGAAAUGGCGUGAGGCGCAUCACCGCUGCCUCGCAUGGGUGAUGUGGUCCGUCUGGCGUCAGAACAAUGUGGCGAACACGAAGCCCCUUUGUUGGCACGCCGACUCAAAGGCCCUCACUGACCCGUUCGCUGAGGCUAUGACGCGGCAUGCCCGCUGUGCGAGGAAGAGGGGCGGGAGGCCGUGGCAACCCUCGCGGUAGACGUCGGCAAGGCAGAAUCGCAUUCCCCGGCACCGGUACAGGUGGCCGCUAUCCUCUUGCGCCGCAACCACGUCAUGGUGGAUGUGUCGGGCUCCAACCAUGAUGGAUCCAUUGUCAACCUCACAUCGAUCGAUGAUGUGCAGGCCACCGGCUCCAACGAGAAAGAGUAGGGCAUGGGAGACGGCGGGACGGCGACGCCUCGAGUCCCGUGAGCCAAUGUGUGUCCCAUGUCCUACUCUAGCUCGCCGGUGACAACACCAAUUCUCCAAGGGGCGCAACCGACUACCGUACAUGGACACGGCAGAGCCGGGCGAGCUUUGUUCAAGAUUAGGUUCACAUUGCCUAUACUUGUAUGGAUUUGAGGAUUCGUAAUUGAUAUAUUUGUAAUUUGUAAUUAAAUUUGGUCUUAUUCAGUACUUGUGGCCCGCCAUUGAUGAUUAUGUGAUCAUCUACAGAAGACAUGCAUGUAUAUAGGAAGCUGGCAGUGGGAUGCAGAAUUAUCCCGACCAAACCUACUUCAUCUAUCAGGUUAGGCAUGGCAUGUUUCGGCAGUUUCUGUUACAAUUAAAGUAGUGUAAGAAAGCAACAAUCAUAUAUAUUGUAAGACAAAUGUGAUAAAAACAUAAUAUUAAAUAGAAAUCUUGCAAGAAGUUUGUUCUUAAUGUUAGACUUCUUCAAGCUAUGAAGGAGUAGAUGUUGGGGAACGUAGUAUUUUAAAAAAAUAAUCCUACGAUCACGCAAGAUCUAUCUAGGAGAAGCAUAACAACGAGCAGCGAGAGUGUGUCCAUGUACCC